GCCUGCGUCACUCCUAUGGUAAUCGGUGUCUCUCAGUGACCUCCAUAGGUGAGGAGGGUUUCUUUGAUGUCUAAAGACCUACAGUUCCCAGACAGGAAAUGUGCAUAAUGCCUUCAGGGCGUUCAGCGCCCGCACUCACUAAGCAUGCAUGUCUCACAGCCUAAGUAGCCACAGCGCCUGCAUUCCCACAGUGACGGCAGGCACAGCAGAUGCCGCCACCCUUGCUUAUCUGGCUGCGCUGUUCACUCUGAUACAAACUUCUACAGUCACCUCAUGGAUUUAUUUUCUCUCCAUGAUAAAGCCCGGACCGUGAAGAUGUCAUCAUGCCAUCAGGGGCAGCACGAGCCAAGUUCUUGGGGCUGUUGAGGAUUUCUUUGCCUGCCCCCCUCUUGGAGAUGUGUAUCAGGAAAAGGCUUUGCCUUUAGAGAAAAAUCUUAUUGCUCUGGACAAUAAUGUGUAGCAAUAUUAAAUUUAAUGGCAGACCUUGAAGUGUAUAAAAACUUAAGUCCAGAAAAAGUUGAAAGAUGCAUGAGCGUAAUGCAAUCUGGGACACAGAUGAUCAAGCUGAAGCGAGGCAGCAAAGGGCUCGUUCGCCUCUUUUACCUGGAUGAGCACCGGACCCGCCUCCGAUGGCGACCCUCUCGGAAGAGUGAGAAGGCAAAAAUACUUAUUGACUCCAUCUACAAAGUCACCGAGGGCAGGCAGUCCGAAAUAUUCCACAGACAGGCUGAGGGGAACUUUGAUCCCAGUUGCUGCUUCACCAUCUACCAUGGUAACCACAUGGAGUCCCUGGACCUCGUCACCUCCAACCCAGAGGAGGCACGCACCUGGAUCACAGGUCUCAAGUACCUGAUGGCUGGCAUCAGUGAUGAGGACUCCCUUGCCAAGAGGCAGAGGACCCACGACCAAUGGGUGAAGCAGACCUUUGAGGAGGCUGACAAGAAUGGCGAUGGCUUAUUGAAUAUUGAAGAGAUUCAUCAGCUGAUGCACAAACUAAAUGUCAAUCUGCCCCGAAGAAAAGUCAGGCAAAUGUUUCAGGAAGCCGACACAGAUGAGAAUCAGGGGACCCUGACAUUUGAGGAAUUCUGUGUCUUCUACAAGAUGAUGUCUUUGAGACGAGACCUUUAUCUGCUGCUCUUGAACUACAGUGACAAGAAAGACCACCUGACCGUGGAGGAGCUGGCUCAGUUUCUCAAGGUGGAGCAAAAGAUGAGUAAUGUGACCAUCGACUACUGUCUUGACAUCAUAAAGAAGUUCGAAGUUUCUGAAGAAAAUAAAGUGAAAAAUGUCCUCGGUAUUGAAGGCUUCACGAAUUUCAUGCGUAGUCCUGCUUGUGACGUGUUUAACCCUCUGCACCACGAAGUGUACCAAGACAUGGACCAGCCGCUCUGCAACUACUACAUUGCGUCCUCGCACAACACGUACCUGACGGGGGACCAGCUCCUCUCUCAGUCCAAAGUGGACAUGUAUGCACGCGUGCUUCAGGAGGGCUGUCGAUGUGUGGAAGUUGACUGCUGGGAUGGCCCAGAUGGAGAGCCAGUGGUCCGCCAUGGUUAUACUCUUACUUCAAAAAUUCUCUUCAGAGACGUUGUGGAGACCAUUAACAAGCACGCAUUCGUGAAGAAUGAGUUUCCAGUUAUCCUGUCUAUUGAGAACCACUGCAGUCUUCAGCAGCAGAGGAAGAUCGCUCAGUACCUGAAAGGAAUAUUCCAGGACAAACUGGACCUGUCAUCCGUGGACACAGGAGAGUGCAGGCAACUUCCAAGCCCCCAGAGUCUGAAAGGCAAAAUCCUAGUGAAGGGCAAGAAGUUGCCUUACCACCUCGGGGAUGAUGCAGAGGAAGGAGAAGUCUCUGAUGAGGACAGUGCGGAUGAAAUUGAAGAUGAGUGCAAGUUCAAGCUACAUUAUAGUAAUGGGACCACUGAGCACCAGGUAGAAUCCUUCAUACGGAAAAAACUGGAAUCAUUGCUGAGGGAGUCUCAGAUCCGAGACAAAGAAGACCCCGACAGUUUCACAGUGAGGGCUUUGCUCAAGGCCACGCAUGAAGGCUUAAACGCACACCUGAAGCAGAGCCUGGACGUGAAGGAAAGUGGAAAGAAGUCCCACGGACGAUCUCUGAUGACCAACUUUGGGAGACACAAGAAAACUACAAAAUCACGUUCUAAAUCCUAUAGCACUGACGACGAGGAAGAUAUAUUUCCAAAUCCUGGCAAGGAGGGAGGCCAGCUGUACAGGCUGGGCCGCCGAAGAAGAACCAUGAAACUCUGCAGAGAGCUCUCGGAUUUGGUGGUAUACACAAACUCGGUGGCAGCCCAGGACAUCGUGGAUGAUGGGACCACGGGGAAUGUGUUGUCCUUCAGCGAAACAAGAGCACACCAAGUGGUUCAGCAGAAGUCAGAGCAAUUCAUGAUCUACAACCAAAAACAGCUCACAAGGAUCUACCCCUCUGCCUACCGCAUCGAUUCCAGCAACUUCAACCCUCUGCCCUACUGGAAUGCAGGCUGCCAGCUGGUGGCUCUGAACUACCAGUCGGAAGGACGAAUGAUGCAGUUAAAUCGGGCAAAGUUCAAGGCGAAUGGCAACUGCGGCUACAUUCUCAAGCCCCAGCAAAUGUGCAAAGGUACUUUCAACCCUUUCUCUGGUGAUCCGCUUCCUGCCAACCCCAAAAAACAGCUCAUACUGAAAGUGAUCAGCGGGCAGCAACUUCCCAAGCCUCCCGACUCCAUGUUUGGAGACCGAGGCGAGAUCAUCGACCCCUUCGUUGAAGUUGAGAUCAUCGGACUGCCUGUGGACUGUUGCAAGGAUCAAACGCGUGUGGUGGAUGACAAUGGAUUUAACCCUGUGUGGGAAGAAACCCUCACAUUUACAGUCCACAUGCCAGAAAUAGCUCUAGUUCGGUUCCUUGUGUGGGAUCAUGAUCCUAUUGGAAGAGACUUUGUGGGACAAAGGACCGUGACCUUCAGCAGCCUAGUACCUGGCUACCGGCAUGUCUAUUUGGAAGGACUCACAGAAGCAUCCAUUUUUGUUCACAUAACAAUCAAUGAGAUCUUUGGAAAGUGGAGCCCUUUAAUCCUCAACCCCAGUUACACCAUAUUACACUUUCUAGGAGCUACAAAGAAUAGACAGCUCCAAGGUCUGAAGGGACUGUUCAAUAAGAACCCCAGGCACAGUUCUUCGGAAAACAACCCCCAUUACAUUCGCAAGCGGUCAAUCGGGGAUAGAAUUCUGCGACGGACAGCCAGUGCUCCGGCCAAAGGCAGGAAAAAGAGCAAAGUGGGCUUCCAGGAAAUGGUCGAAAUAAAAGAUUCUGUCUCUGAGGCCACGAGAGACCAAGACGGCGUCCUUAGGAGGACCACGCGGAGUCUGCAAGUACGCCCUGUCUCUAUGCCUGUUGACAAGAGUCUUCUGGGGGCUUUGUCACUGCCUGUAUCUGGAGCAGCAAAAGACACGGAUGGAAAGGAAAACUCCCAGGCAGAGCACCAGGAUGCUGGAAGAGAGGAGGAGGCAACUAUAAAAGACCCACAGUUUUCAAAUUUCAGCAAAAAGUUAUCCUUCUCCUCCAGUGCGCUCCUCCACAAAGAUGCCAACCAAAGGCACGGCAGCGUUUCAGCUGCCAACUUGUCCAUCCCAGAACAGUGUGGAGGACCGGGUCCAAAGGGUAGGAGAACCAAACCAAAUGCGACAAAUAAUUGCCCGGAAAACGAUUGUCCCCCCAAAUUCCUCUCCCCAAGGAAGCUUUUGGCACUUGACCAUGAAACUAAGAGACCCCAGGAUCUCUCUGGGAUGAAGACCAAUGAAAAGGGGCAUACCGAGGGCUUAGGGGAAGGGAAAGGCAUGUUGUCCGAAAGUCUGCUUUCUCCAAGCGCUCUGGAGAUGGAGAACCUGGAAGGCAGCAGGACCAAGGUCCGAGGUGCAACAACAUCCUUUUCUCUCUCCGAUGUCUCCGCCCUCUGCUCCGACGCCCCCGAUUUGCAUUCAACCGCUAUUCUUCAGGAGACCGAAGAAGUUUCCAAUCUCAUUGAGGAUGUCACUUUGACAAAUGAGAACGAGCCGGGCAGCUCCAUUUCAGCGCUGAUUGGCCAGUUUGAAGAGAGCGACCACGGGGCCGCUCACCUCGCUGCGGGUUCUCGUCUUUGCAUGGAUGCGAGGACGCCAUCGGGAGGUGCUCCUUCGCCCGUCCUACUGGGCCUGCAAACACCCUUCCAGCAUGGCUUUUCCCAGGGGAGACCCCAGGCCCCCCUCUCGUGCUCAUCUCCCGCGCUGAUCAAGGUCUCUAGCGCGGAGACCACCAGACCUGCAAAUAACGUCGUUGCUCGUGGAAUGGUUGGCUCUCCCAUCUCUAAACCCAAGCCGGGCCAUGGCCCUUCUUCUGAUAAAACCGAGGCGAGGGGCACGGAAGGCAACUUACCCGGGUCCCUGGAUGCUUCUCCUGAUCACUUUCCCAAAAGCCCCACCCACGGGAAGGACCAGAGACAAGCGACUGAAUGGAACCUGGAAGACGUCAUCACAGACCCUGCUUUCUGUGUCAAUUCCGCAGACAGCAGCCUUGUGGACAUUGACGGAGACUCCGAAAACCUGUCUCUCACAGCCUGUGGCGACGACGACGCGGGAGGGACUCUGGGUCAACUUGUGUCUCCACUAAAGCCGAAGCACAGCCCCGAGAUGGUGGAGCCCAUGCAGAGAGGCUUGAGGAAUGGCUACUGUAAAGAGACACUCCUCCCCGCUGCCCCUGCAAUACUCAACACUCUUCAAGGUGUCAAACACCAGAGUGUCUCUCGUGUAGCCUAUCAGGGUGCUGGCUUUGUGUGUGACAACAACCCCUUCUCGAGUUCAGAUGCAAACACGAACCAAACCUGUGGGCCCCGGCAGCCUAGGCUUGCAGAGAUGCAUGCCCCGACCCCCACGCAUUCCGCACACGCCCCCCACUUGGUUGCCCUGAAACUGCCAAGCCCUUGCAAAUCCAAAAGUCUGGGGGACUUAACGUCAGAGGACAUUGCCUGCAACUUUGAAAGCAAGUACCAGUGCAUCAGUCGGAGUUUUGUGACCAAAGGCGUCAGGGACAAGAGUGUGGCUCGGAAGACCGGGGAUCCACUAGAGCCCUCAGACGCCCUCACCGAGCAGCUCCGAAAGCUGGUGUCCUUCGACCAGGAAGACGGCUGUCAGGUGCUGCAUUCCAAGCAGGACGUCAGUCAGUGUCCCAGGGCGGCGUUGGUCAGAAAGCUGUCGUCGAGAAGUCAGAGCCGAGUCCGCAACAUCGCCAGCCGUGCCAAGGAGAAGCAGGAAGCCGGCAAGCAAAAGCCGGUGACCCACAGCACCAGAGGAGGGGUGGUUCUCAGAAGUAAGCCUCCCUCCCCGGCUGUGGCCGUGAACCGACACUCCACCGGCUCCUACAUUGCAAGCUACCUGAGGAACGUGAAAGCCGGCGGCCUGGAGGGCAGAGGCAUCCCAGAGGGAGCAGCAUGCGCCCUUCGGUAUGGCUACGUGGACCAGUUCUGCUCAGACAGUUCAGUGCUGCAGACCGAGCCGAGCGGCGAAGAUAAACCAGAAAUUUAUUUUCUUUUGAGGCUAUGAAUUAUUCAAAAAAAAAAAAAAAAGCAAAAGCAAGCAAGCAAAGCUGCAUUUUCAUUGUUUACACGAUGAUGCUCUUCUCCUAGGACGUUAGAGUUUUUCCUACUGUCAGUGAAUAUAACAUUUGGCUUUGAGAUGGUUUUUAAAUGUAUUCUUUUGGACAUGUUACUUUGGUCUCCCUUUGACUUCAUGUGUUCUCUUAACUUCAUGCGUUUGUAUAAUACAGGUUCUGUGACAUUUUCCAGGAACCCACGCUCUGUUUCCCUCAAGGUAUCGUAAACUGUGUCAGUAUGAAAUGUGUGCAUGCCGUUGAUGUGAAACUUCUCAGCAGUUUGGGUCACAGCGUGUGCAUGUUGCACAAAACAAAACAAAACGCUCUUUAACUUGUCCUUGGGUCUCAGUCCCAGAGGUUGUCGUAAUUUUACUCGCUGAGUGUUGAGCUCAUUAAGAUUAGACUUUCCAAAUAUGAAGGAAUGGAUUCUUUAUUUGAAGCUACAUUCUCCGUGUGAAUUGAAAGACCCAGAUUCAAUUUUAUAACUCAUUUAAAAGAAGUGUUCAAAAUAGUUAACUUGUCCUUUAUGGUUUCGUCACCCCACCCAAAGUGGGAAUUCCAUGAAGAUGGACGGCAUCUCUCCAUCCCCAAACCCCUUUUAGAAUAGGUUGUAAGGAAGAAAGUGAACUUCCGUAUAUAAGGACAAAAUGGUUUUACAUAAAUUUUGUUACACACUUUUGCUAAACGGCUUUGUAUGUAACAAGAAUCCAGUUGCCAAGCUGUCUGUCAUACUUUUGAAGUAUGUUUCGAAGUAUCUCUGAUAUAAUAGAUUGCAAAUAAUGGCUUUCAGAAUGAGAGACUUUUUAGCCAGGCAUGGUGGUUCACAACCUUUGAUCCCAGCAGAGGCAGAUGUAUCUCUGAGUUUGAGGCCAAGCAUGAUCUAUGUGGUAAGACCCAGGUCAACCACAUGUACAUAGUAAGACCCUGUCUUGAAAGAAAGGCAGGAAGGAAGGAAGAAGAAAGAAAAAAAGGAAGGACAGAGAAAGACCUUACAUUAGACUUAAAACUCAGAGUAGUACAAACAGAAAAUUGCCCCAAAGAUUUCAAGAGGAAAAAAAAGUUAUUUUCUCAUAAUCCAAGUAAAUAGAUAAUUAAAAGAAACCUUUUUUCCCUUUAGGGAACCAAGUAACUAUAUUUUAGUACCGGCAUAUAUUAUUUUCAUUGUGAAUCCAUUUUGUAUUGCAUGUUCAGGUGUCAUUUGCUUUUUGUACCAUGAAUUACAAUGACGUUCCUCCUGGACUUCAUAAAAAUAUGAUUAAAACAGGUUUUUGGA